CAGCGAUUUCUGGUGCCACAGUGAUGGCUUAAUGAAAUGGGUUCAACAUGUCACCAGAAGCUGAUUCAGAAAUCUAAUAGAUUUAAUAGAUUGCACUUGUAUGUUUUGAUUAGUAGAAAUGCCUCCUAAUAAACGUGGGAAUAAUUAGAUUUAAAAAAAAAAAAAAAAAAAAAAAAAAAGCAGUUGUAUAAGAUGAUCCUGGAUACAAACAACUGGGUGUUGUCUCAAUAAAAGCGAGAUAUUGUGAACUUUUUUGGGGGGAGUGGGGGGAGUGCAAUCUUAAAUCAGGAUUCAGAGCUGUGUGGGGUUUUUCUCGGCAUGGCGCAGCAUCCGGAGCUCAUAAACCACAACAACACUGCCAAUCCCGUGUACGUGUCCACAGCCAGAGGGAUAUGAUCUGGAGCACUGGAUCGGAGGUGUUUCUGGACUUCUACAGAAUGAGGUCGACAGGCUGAUUUUAACACACAGUGAGUUCUGGAUGUGUCCAACUAUCCAUCCAUAGGAGCCUCUAAAAGUCCCUUAAUCUCUGUCUUCUCAAGCCCACAAAUUUACGUACUCAACAGUCAGUUAAGAAUGCCGCACCGUGUGCUAGUCCAAGUUCUCUUGUUGGUUGGGGCAUGUUUCUCCACUUGGGCUGCCCCAUUAAGGAGCACCUCGUCGCCACAGGAAAGACGCUGUGAUAGAACAGAGCAACGAUCAAGAGACACCAGUGAACAUCCAGCAAGCCACCAUGAUGACAAGAUGUGUAUAAUCUCUUCUACACACCUGGCCUCAUCCCCUCUUGUACAAGAACCUAGAGGAACAGCAGAUGUCUUAUCCAGUGCCAAGCAUGAAGACAUGAAGAUUGCAGUGAAAGAUGCCAUCCUGGGACACAGUAGGCAGAUAGAGUUGUUUCAGAGAAGUGCUAGAUCUUAUGCACAAUACCAUGAAGAAAGCGCUGAGCCUACUGAUGAGAGUUCGGCUGAGGAAAAGAAUCAGAAGUUUUUACCUGCAUCUCCAUAUGAAUCCCUUCCUCUUGUGGACCAUACAGGAGGACCUGGCAAUGAAAAUACGGAGAAAGAGCUGUCCACAUCUCCAGAGAAUUAUGCUGAGCAGAAAGUAGGGCCAUCUAUAUUGCCAAUCCAGCUGAGGACAGACAGUCCUGCGCAGACACAAGUUACACUGGGAAACAGUGACUACAUCAGCUUACAUUACAGUGAUAUAGAAGAAGAUAAGGGGACUGUACAGCCUCUAACGAAACCUCGCCCAUUGAAACAGGAGGGAGGAUGGGAGGUAAAAAGUCAAUUUGAUGAGCUAAAGAGUUCAAGAGGAAUCUCAACCGAAUCCUCAUUCUCUGCCCAUGCCUCUGUGAGCCAGUAUCCCAGGAACGUCAAUCCAGCUGUUACAGCUCUAACCACUUCAAGCAGUUACGAUGGACAGACUGGAGGAUCUACACAGGACAAAGCGAGAGCAGCAGAGGUAAACUUGUUUACAGCUGCAGAGCAAGAUAAAGCAUUGGUGCCUGGACUACUGCAGCCUGACCUGACCCUCAGUUCCAGACUGGCAGAGCUUGGAGACACCUGGACAGAACCAGUCCAUUUACAAGGAGUAGAAGAAGCGAGUGUGUUGCCCUUGUUACAGGAAGUGGGCACAGAGGCAACCAUGUCUUCUGAAGACCUCCCCUUGAUCUUUGAGCCGCUUGAUGUCACACCAUCCAGUAGUUCAGCGCUGGCCGAGCUGUCUGUCGCCAUGGUGCCCGCAACGGGGAUGCUCGGGGAGACCGAGCUAGAGCAAACACUCUCCGUGGAUACAGACCACAGUCCUCAUCAGUCUUUUCCGGGGCCUUCGGAUUGGCCUUCACCAUGGCAGAUGUCAGGUGCUGAGAACUCGGAUACUGUCUCGUCAUCUCAAAUGCCAAUCAGCGGGCCUUUCUCUGAAGCAGACGUGGAGCGUGAUGAGAGGACUGAGAGGUUACAGAAUACAGAUGGCCUCCCAACAUCUGUGGAUGUGCUUCGUUUGUCACCUUCUCCUGUGUCAUCCACCACACAGAAGGUUGCAGACAUCAAGUCGACUCACUCAGCAGUGUUGAAACCAAUGUCAGGGCUGGAGGAACUGGAAUCUCAAGAGAAUGAGGAUGAAGAGGAUGAAUAUGCAGAUGAAUCUGAGGAGGAAGAAGAGGAAAGUGAAGAGGAGUUGACUGAGGUUCCUGUACAUACUCCUACACGUCCUCCUUACAUCCUCAUCCCUCCUCCUCCAGUCUGGGGGCAGAGGAACCAAGGCCUCAUACGCAGCUGGGUUAAGCUGAUUCGAGAAAAGGCUGGCUAUGUUUCUGGGAUGUUGGCACCUGUGGGCAUCGGUAUAGCUGGGGCACUACUUAUUGUUGGAGCUCUUUAUGGCAUCAGGCUGAUCCAUCGCAAGAGGAGGGACAGCCUGAAGCACCAGAGGAGAAAGCAACCUACAGAAGUUAAAAGUGGACCAGACCAAGCAAUGCUACUAGCUGAUAGCUCUGAAGAUGAAUUUUAAAUGACUCAAAGAAGAAUGUCUGUCCCCACAAUCAUUUUAAAAAGGCUUCAACCAUCUCAAAAUUCUACAAGUCCUAACAACACAUAUUUGGAAAAACUUCAGUAUGUGAAGUUAAUCUCACCCUUAUUAUUAACACAUCUAUUAAGGCACAUUUUACUAUAUUUAAUGUCACUCAAUCAUCAGCAGAUUUCUAUGGGUUAAUAUCUCUACAAAUAAUUGAAGUGCCAGUUUGGCCACAAAAUUUAGUGAAUUUGGCCCCAAAAGUAGUAGUCGAUCAGCCAAGAAAUACCUGCAGGGCUCCCAAGUGAGGAGAUUGCAAGUUCCAGACAAUGCCACAGCCAUUGUCCAAAAAAAAAACAACAAAAAACGAAUUGGCCAUGGGGAGGGAAGGAUAGCGUUCUCUCUCUCUCUCUCCUUUCAAUCACCAGCAAAUCAUGGUCGUCUCUCCUCAAGUAUUGAAUAUCAUUUGUACAAGCAUCAAACUUAGGUGAACAAUAUGACCAAAGCGAUAUUAUAUGUUAGAAAUGAUUUGGAUGAUAAUACAUUUCCAAUUUGAUUUGUGUAUUUAAUUUUCAACACAGACUUAUUCUUCUAUUUUAUGAAACUGUUUAUACAGUAUGGAUGGAUUUACAUAGAGAGCUAUGUCUUUUAAAGCAAGUACUUGGUGAUGUAGACAUCCAUGCUCACUGCUAAACAGGAAGCUGUAAGUCUUCCUUAAUUUUUAGCGACAUUUUCCUUGUACAUUCAGUCAGGGUAAAAGUCUUUAAAAUGGUUGAGGUUUGAAACUUGCUUUAUUUUUGGAAAAUGCUUGUUUUUUCCAUUAAUGGAUUAAUACACGGCAUUCCAGCUAUAUUCCAAAAAAGCAAAAACAAAUCCAUUUUACAGUUGCAUUAUUUUACAUCUAGUGGGGUUUUGAAAGUGCACAUUGUGUGUCCACUGAUCUUACAGUACCGAUAUUUCUCAAAGGACACGACUGGAAUAUUAGCAUUUAGACUCUAAUCUGUUGCUAUGGCUGGAGGAAUUAAACAGCAAAGACUAAACACACAAAAUGUACUGCAGUUUCUACAAGAAAGAAGUUAAUAUCAAAUUAUUCUAGAAAUUAAAUUAUAGUUAUAGUUAAGUUACAUACUGACAGUUAGAUAACAUGAGGUUACAGCAUUUUGCCAAAGGCAUGUGACGUAUGAUCUUAAAUCUUAAUCUCUGUUACUGAAACAAUAGGAAAAGCUGUACUGGAUUGUCGACCUUGAAAGUGCUGGAAAAAAUAUAUUUCACUUUUGAAAAGCUGCUCAAUACACGUGUCUUGGAUGAUCGACUACAUUUGAGGUAAUGAGAAAAUUUGUGUAAAUUUUUUUCAUUUUUGGCCAAACUGUUCCUUUGAAUAUGAAGGUGUAUUCUUGGAAUUGUGCAGAUUUCAUUUUCCUAUUUGUAAAUACUGACUGCAAUCCUACUGUAUUUAGAAUAGAUCAAAUCAUUUUUGUGUGCAAUGCUCUUUAAGAGAAAACCUACAUCAUUUACAAAAGGAAAAAGUUUCAUUAUUCUUUUUUUUUUUUGAUGCAGCUGCUUAUGUAAUGGUAGUACAUUUCUAAGUUUUUGCUAGUAUAAGUGUCGGGU